AUCUUGUAGUUCGGGAUGUAUUCGCAAGCGAUACUAGCGCCUGGUUACGAAUAGGAUACGCUGACGGAACCCGCAGUGGUAGCGCCACCAGGCGCUUACAAUCCGUGGAUCGUUCAUUACUUUCACCGACCAUUUGGCUAGCAUUGCGUUCGGAUUCCUUACCUGUAGUCUCCAUGCAUUUGUGAGUCGCUCUGCCUGUGAUAUACACAGAGCCUUUCCGCUUCGUGGGAAUUCGUGCGUCUUCGUCUCUAAAAAGUCUGAAAAAGUCGAGGUGUUGGGAUAUUUGUUCGUAAUUGGAAUUUGAUGUAUUAACCAAAAGUGGACUUUGAAGUAAAUAAUAAUUAUUGUAAUUGGAACAGUGUGAUGAUAAUAAGCGUUGAAAGAUGUACGGAACAACAAUAGGAAAUUAAGGAUACUAGGAUAGCUGUAGAUGACAGCGUGUAGAGGUGUAACCGAACGAUACCUAAGGAUUACAAUGCAUCGGAGAGUAGGGCACAGCAAUUACGAUGGCAAGAUUGCUGGCCUUUAUGAUAUGGAGGAGACACUUGGACGGGGCCACUUUGCUGUUGUCAAACUUGCUCGUCAUGUAUUUACUGGUGAAAAAGUCGCCGUCAAAGUUAUCGAUAAGAGUAAACUAGAUGAAAUAUCGCGUGCUCAUCUGUUUCAAGAAGUGAGAUGCAUGAAAUUGGUACAGCAUCCAAAUGUCGUUAGAUUGUACGAGGUAAUAGACACACAGACAAAGCUCUAUCUUAUACUCGAAUUGGGUGAUGGCGGCGACCUCUAUGAUUACAUUAUGCGGCAUGAUAGUGGAUUGAGCGAAGAGGUCGCAAGGAUGUAUUUCAGACAAAUAGUUAGGGCCAUCUCUUACUGCCAUAGGCUCCAUGUUGUGCACAGAGAUUUAAAGCCUGAGAAUGUUGUGUUUUUUGAAAAACUCGGAAUGGUGAAGCUUACGGAUUUUGGGUUCAGUAAUAGAUUUUGCCCGGGGCAAAAGCUGGAGACGUCUUGCGGCUCUUUGGCUUAUUCAGCACCAGAAAUUCUCCUCGGAGAUAGUUAUGACGCUCCUGCUGUUGAUGUAUGGUCUCUGGGUGUUAUACUAUACAUGUUGGUUUGCGGUCAAGCUCCGUUUCAAGAAGCAAAUGAUAGUGAAACCCUCACCAUGAUUAUGGACUGCAAAUAUUCAAUUCCAACACAUGUCUCUGAUGGAUGUAAGCAACUGAUAGCAAGAAUGCUUGUCAGGCAACCAGAACGGCGUGCUACCCUCGAGGAAAUAGCAUCCAAUCCCUGGCUUGUUUCAGGGUCAGAUUCUGACCCUGUAGAAUCGUUGCCCCUUGUAUCAAGGCAACAAGUUUCAGAGGACCACCAUAAUCUCAUUAUUACCAAAAUGGUUAAUGGAAACAUUGCUACCAAAGAAGAAAUACUUGAUGCACUAGAUAAGAAUGAAUACAAUCAUAUCACUGCAACGUAUUUCCUGCUGGCGGAAAGGAAACUUCGUGCUCACAGGCAAGAGCAAGUACAAAAAAAUGGUUCCGAAGUACUUGACAUCUCAUCCAGCAAGCAAAAUGUUCUCGCUCCAAAUAAUACAGAAGUCGAUCAGCAUGCAUUAAGCAAUUUAAAUGAAUCAAUCCGAAGUAUUCCUCGAACAGUUGGCGACGUAACACAGAACUUUCGAACAAGAAAAUGCAGUAUUGUCCAAGAAGAGGACGACGAGGACGAUAUGUCUUCUUGCUCAGGUCGAGAUGAUCAUGGUAGUAACUCGACGCAAAGUUCGGUUAGCAGAAGAGGAUCAAGAUCAGAAGGAAAAUUGUCACACGUUAUUCAGGAAAAACUUUCUCAAAAUCUGGAGAAACAUUCCAUUCAUAACAGUCACAUACACACUCACUCUCAUCACACGCACGAUCCAAUAACAAUAUCUGCAUGCAAUAAAACGACAAUAGCCAACUCGCGCGAUGAUUGUGAUAAGUUCAUUAAGGACAGCAAUAAAUCUGGGUAUAAAUCAUCAGUCAAAGUUGCUGACAGCGGUGGAGGUGUUGAAAAUUUAUCUGAACCAAUGAAGGCAAAUCUGUUUGAUGCCAACUUCAGAAAUAAUCUCGACAAUUCCGGACUCGAAGUUGCCUCAGAGGACUGGAUAAAAAAAGCCGAAAAUAUAGACAGGCGGCCCAAGUCUGUAACUGAUUAUUCAAAAUCAACCCCUUGUAACAAGUGGCGAAUGGGGACCAAGCACCAAUCCUCUUUGCAGUCUCCAGAGAGAAUAAAACCCAGCUUAGAUACUUCAGCUUCAGUAACUUCUACAAUUCUUACAGUAUCAUCGACCGUUCCGAUUCCCUUAAACACAGCUACAAUUACAGGGAACAGUCAAUUGUUGCCAAGCUAUAAAUCCUUGCCAGCGCCACACAAUGUAACACUUCCAGAAUUGUCUUUCAACGAGAUUCUCGAGGAUCAGGAUAUGGCCUCUAUAGACUGGUCAAGAAAUCGUAUCGUAAGACGGACCAGUUACGAACAAAGGCGAAGUAAAUUUCACAAAACUCGCACUGCGUCUUGUUCAAGUUCUGAUGCCAGUGAUGACGACAGCGAAGGGAGAAAAAAGCGAGCUCACAAACUGGGAACUUCGGGAAAACCGUUACCGCCACGAAGGGAUAGUCAUGAUGAUUCAAGCGAUUCUCAGGAUCCAGGUGGCAGUGAAGGAGGAGGAGGCAGCGGUAACACGACUGGCCAUGGGAGAGCUUUGUCUGACAACAGAGAGUGUCCUCCAAGUUCAUCGAGCACGGAAGAUAACAAGAAUAAUAGCGGGACCAACAAUGGUACAGAGGGAAGUAAAAGAUGCGCUAUUAACAGGGCGACUGUUUUUGAAAGAAGGCACAGAACGGGUAGACGAAGGUCUGGCGAAACGCGAUUAAGAGAGAGCCAAUCUCUGAAUCGUAUUACUGAAGUUCAAGAAGCCGAGGGUCCUUGUCAUAUCCAUAAUUCUAGCAUUGUUGUCACUCAGUAUACUUCGAGCACAUCGUCGGCUAAUGUUAAACAGAAGGCUAAGGGGUUUGGUGCGAGACUAUUUCACAGUUGGUCACUUACCACUAACAGUAUAAACAACAGUAAUAGUUGUAAUAGUAAUAGUAGUAGUAGUAUUAUUAAUAGUAAUAGUAGUAAUAGUAGUAGUAGUAGUAGUAGUAGUAGUAGUAGUAGUAGUAGUAUUAUUAGUAGUAGUAGUAGUAGUGGUAGUAGUGGUAGUAGCAGUAGUAGUAGUAGUAAUAGUACUAUUACUACUACUACUACUUCUACUACUACUACUACUACUACUACUACUACUACUACUAGAAAAUCAAUAAUCGUAGAAUUAAAGGAAAACACGAUGAAACCACAACAUUCAAAAGAUGAUAAAACAGUACAUCAUUAUCACUCUGAUAAAUCCGAAUGUAAAAAUGUAGUAUUUGUUCAAGGUUUUAGUAAUAGUAAACUCGAUAAAUCAGUUGAUAUAAGUGAGAAAGAAACAGUUGAUCUGGAUAGUCAUCACUAUUUGGUAAAAUCAUCAAAGUUACAAAGUAACAGAGUAUUUUCGUCUAAUAAUAAAAAACCAACCAAUAACGAAGAUGAUGAUAAUCGUACUACGGCUAUUACAAAAAGUAAUUGCAAAAACAAAAAGCUUCAUUUGCUUAGUCGUUACUUUGCCAUUCACAAAAAAUUAUGCAUUCCGUUACCCUCGAUAUUCGGCAGAGGACGCUUAUAUAAAGCUCAAUCUUGUGGCAGUAUUACGAGAGACAAGGUAUCUGCUUCGUCUCCUAAAUCUGUACUACUUUACCGUCAUGGUACGUGUUGGGAGGAACAGCGACACUGGUGCGACAACAAUCAUCGAUAUCGAGGCAGUUACGGUGACAUUAAUCAGAAUUUGGACAUCACCCAUCAAUUAGUUAAUACAAUGGGUCAAGGGUGUUCGGCCGUUUCUGCAGCUUGUCAUAUUCACUUUGGUGAUACAUCUAAAUGCUGCAGUCUUUGUUGACUAUAGAAACACUGUUAAUGUAAAGAUAUGUACAACUCUAUGUGUGCUCAUGUGCGUGUGUACGUGUAUUAGGGUGGUUCUUAUUUGUCCGAUGUCCGAAGUUUUCCAAUUAAAAUACACGUGAUUCUUACCUUCUGAUGUAAUUAUUUUACUGAACAUCUAAUCUUUGACGAAAAAAAUUGUUAUUAUGUGGAAUUGACAGGGAUCGAUAGUACUUUCAAGAAGAAAAAGAAGAAAAAAUGUAUUGGCUAUUCUAUGGCAUUUUUACCCUGCUAAUUUAAAUAUUUUUCGUUGUUUUAAUUGAAAAUGAUAGGAAGAAAGCAAGAUAUCUGUCAUAUCUGACGUUUAUUACGUAUUCAGGUUAUCUAGAAACAUAACAUGGUAAAUUUUAGGUUCUAACAAAGUCAUCAAAGAGAUAUUUAGUAACAAUCAUCCGCAUCUAAUUUAAAAAAUAGAAAAAUAUUGAAAUAAGCAGGGUAUAAAUGCCUGAGAAUGGCCAAUACAUUUUUUCUUUUUUUCCCCUUGAAAGUACUAUCGAUCUUUGUCAAUUCCAUAUAAUAUUUAUUUUUUCCAUCAAACAUUAGAUGUUUCAUUAAAAUAAUCACAUUAUAAGAGAAGAAUCACAUCUAUUUUAAAUGGAAAACUUCGCGUCGUUACAGUGGAUAGUAAAAAUCAAGUUAGGACAUUCACGUUACGUUCGAAAUUUUUUGUUUUUUUAUAUAGAUACAAACGAUGAGGCGGCAUAAUUGAAAUUCGAACAUAGGUUGAAUAAAAACCACCCAAGUGUACACACAUCUUUUAGACUACAAAUUUACACCUGGUUUGUUUAACUUUUGCAUUAUUAUUCAAAUGUUAAUAAGUAUACUUACUUCAUUUGUGUUUCUCAGUUCAUCAUAACAUAUUAAUUUUUAUUUUUUUAUUUUCCUAGACAUAUCCAAGUAUUAUUUAAUUUAAUUUAAUUCGUUAUCGUUCUUUCGAACCUUGUUCAUUAGAUAAUACGCUUUAAAUCAAUUCAUUGCCUUUCUUGUCUGGAAAAUAAAAAUUCUUUUUCCUAUAAUGUUUGGCACUGUAGGUGAAAAUAUGUGGAAGAUAUUUCAUAAAAGGAAUAAAGAAGCAGUCUCGUAAGGGGGAGUUUUAGAGCAAUAAUUUCAAGAUUUAUGCUGUAACAUGGCUCUGUGCUAAAAAAGUUAUAAUUUUAACUAGUGAAUAAAUAAAAUGAGCCGAGUUGAAAUAGUUUGGAGAUUAAAGAUUAGUAUGGUAAGACGUUUUCCUACCUAGCAUGUGAAGGAAUAACUGCAUCGAUCUUUCCUGAUUGAUUUUAAAUCGUUGCUUUAAGGGUGAAGAUGUAUAGAAGUAAAUUUACUAUUUGAUUGUCAUAAUAUAGUAUAUCAGUAAAUGAAUAGUAUUAACACGUAGAUUAAAUUAUUUAGAAAUUAUUAUAUAUUUGACAGGAAAUAAAUUGGUGUGUAACAAAUGAUAAUAAUUUAAAAACGUCAUUCAAGCCGUAAUUCUCGAUUAUCAAUAAGAAUUAAUUGCAAUAAUUUGAAAAUGUGUGAAAAUGUAAUUACCCUUUAGUUGCUGCUACUGCUGCCACUACAUUACAAGUGGCAUAUCUAGUCUGUGAGAACAAACUUGUCUUAAGUACUGCAGAGAGUUUAUUGUCGGCAUAUCUCGUAUUAGUUGUAUAUUAAAUGUAAAUUAAAAUGAAAACAUGCAUAAAUAUAGAUAUGUAUAAAUAUAAUACCCUAUAUACAUUUGAUGAAAAAAGUGAUAGCAGAUUUUUGUGUCCGGUUCAACACGUCAUUUUAAGUUACGGUUUUCUUCGAAGUUAUCCGUAUACCCAAAUUGCUUACGCCAACCAUUGUAAUCACAUUAAUGUACUUUACUGUAAGCUAAAGAUAAUGAAAAAAAGAGAAAUUCAAUCUCGGCUGAUUACAUUUAAAAGGUUGGAAAUAUAUUCAAAUUCAUACGGUUUUGAAAAAUUUUUCCUACUUUGACGACUGGGGAUUAAGUCCAUGCAGAAGAUUAAAUUUUGUACAAUAACUGAAGGUACAUGUGUAGUGUAUACUAUACAUCAUCUUAUGAUCUCGUAUUUCGAGUCUUGAUUAACAAAACAUUAGUAAUCGCAAUAAUAUAUUAAUAAUAGUGAAUUUCCAAAACAGUAAUGUCUGGUUACAUUUCAAUUUUUUGGCUUGGCUUGGAUUGGAUUGCAAAAUUCAACUGAAAUGGAAUAGAAGAUAUUUUAACGUUGACGUAUCAAUGUGAAAAAUAAUUUAUAUUAAAAGGGAUCAAGAUGAGAGAAAAAAACAUCCAACAAACAGUUUCUGAAAAACAAAAAUAUGUAUGUUAUGUAAACUUACUGUUUAUAUCGAUAUGUAUACAUACCUAUGUAUAUUUAGUAUGAUAAGAAUGUAGAUAAAAUUUUAUCUACAUCAAGCCGUACCAUGUACGCCACGUUAGGAGAGAAAAAGAAGAAAACAAAAGAACACAAAGAAAACAGUGAUUAUGAAUCUUUAUUAAUAUUUGUUACAGAAAUGAACAUGUUAUUAUUUAUAUCAUAAUAAGACAACUGUCAUUACUGGCUCAAUAAUACAUAAAUGUAACAACAGAAGUGUCAGAGAUUUUCAAAAAUAGUGUGUUAAAUAAAAUUCAAUGUACUAUGUGAAAUCUA